CAGUUUAGAAAAAGAGGGUUUUAAAUUAUGGAUUUGAUAUAACAUGCCAAAAUUUACAUAAUCGGAUAAAAUUAGUCAGUUAUCAAUGAGCGAGAAACUUGACUCGAAGAAAGAAAAGGGGUGAGGAUGUGAAUUUGGGACAAUUCUGUACCUACUUGCUUGCUAAGCUUUUAAAGAUCAGCUUAAAUGAAAAUGAUUGAUUGUUAUUGUGAUGUUCUGUUUCAAUAAUAAUAUACUGUGAAAGAUUAUACACGAGACAUUGUAUUCAAAGAUCGGGAUGCCGCCAAGCUGGUGAAUCUGUUGUAUACAAGUUCCCCAGUCGUAGCCAAACUGUUGUGUGGGGGCACAAACUAUCUAUAGAUUCACUUAUAAUUAUAUAGAAGUAAGUAUAACAAAAGCCCAUAUUCCCCGAAAAUGCGAUAAUUUGGUUGUAUCUCUCUCUCUCUCUCUCCCCCCCCCCUCCCUGUCGCGCCCUGUGGCUGUGGACGGUGGACUGUGGGAGUGUGUGUGCAUACGCCCGCGUUCACCCCCGCAAACGCGAUUUCCGUCACUCUCUCUCGCUCGCUCAUUCAUUUCUCCCAACAAAACCACCACACCCACCGGCCACCACCUUUUUCCGGUUCCCGAAACCCUAACCAACAACAAUUGCGAGCCUUCAUCAAUGGCGAUCUCAUCUCCACCAGUUCCGACCUUCUCCGCCUCCUUCUGCCGCACCCGCACCGAGUUUCCCUCCACCUUUAAUCGCAUCCCUUCCAUUUUCUCCCGCGCUCACCGAGCCAAACCUCACCCCCUAACUCGCCGGCUCGCCCUCUCCGCUCGUCUCAACUCGUCCAAGUCUUCCGAUGCCGGCGGCUCGGUCUCGCCGGACAACGGCGACCUCCAGUACGAGCUCUUCCACGGAUUCUCGCCGCAGCGCUGCCGGAGAGGAUCUCCGGUGUUCGUCACACUGCCUGUGCACUCCGUUGGGUCACUGGGCGCGGUUCGGAGGCCCAAGGCCAUGGUCCAGUCGUUUAAGGCCCUGGCCGUGGCCGGAGUGGAAGGCGUGGUCAUGGAGGUGUGGUGGGGUCUGGUGGAGAGGGAUCGACCCAUGCUUUACAAUUGGGAAGGCUACUUGGAGAUCGUCUCUCUGGCUCGACGCUGCGGAUUGAAGGUUCGGGCCGUCUUGGCGUUUCAUCAGUGCGGCGCUGGGCCGGAGGACUCUCAUUGGAUUCCUCUUCCUCUGUGGGUACUUGAGGAGAUCGAUAAGGAUCCAGAUUUAGUAUAUUCUGACAGAUUUGGAAGAAGAAAUGUCGAGUACCUUUCUCUCGGGUGUGAUAUGCUUCCUGUUCUGCGGGGACGUUCACCACUUCAAGCAUAUGCGGAUUUUAUGAGGAACUUCAGAGACACUUUCAGACCUUUUCUUGGUGUUGUCAUAACAGGAAUUCAAGUUGGGAUGGGGCCUGCUGGUGAAUUAAGAUACCCUUCUUGCCCUACACAGAAGCUAACAUGGGCUUGGCGAUCUCGUGAGCUUGGAGAGUUUCAGUGCUAUGACAAGUAUAUGCUUGCGUCUCUCAAUGCAUGUGCAAGAGAAAUUGGGAUGCCUGAAUGGGGAAAUGGAGGCCCUUUUGGUGCUGCCAAUUUAAUGCAGGAUCCUGAACUGACAGAGUUCUUCAGAAGUGAUGAUGGAUCCUGGAAUACAUCUUAUGGUACUUUUUUUCUUGAAUGGUACUCAGGAAUGCUGGUUCUGCAUGGUGAAAGGAUGUGCAGGGAAGCUGAGACCAUUUUCCGGGGUACAGAGGCUAGUACGUCAGUAAAGAUAGCUGGGAUGCACUGGCAUUACCGCACUAAGUCUCAUCCGUCAGAGUUAACAGCUGGCUAUUACAAUACUUCAACAAGAGAUGGAUACUUGCCAAUUGCUCGCAUGUUGGCAAAGUACGGCUUUACUUUGUGCUGCUCAGGUUUUGACUUGCAAGAUCAGGAAGAGAGGAAGAUGAACCCUGUCAGCAGCCCGGAAGGCCUUCUCAGACAGUUGCUUUCAGCUGCUAGGUUGUGUGAUAUACCACUGGAAGGUGAAACUUCUGCUGCCAGUUUGGACAAUGAAUCUUUGCAACAGGUGGUAAGGAUGUCAAAGUAUUACUCAUAUGGUCUAGAAAAGCCCUCGUUUUCGUUCAACUUUGUGAGGAUGGACAAGAACAUGUUCGAAUUUCAUAAUUGGGUUCAUUUUACUCGUUUUGUGAGACAAAUGUCUGAUGCCAAUGCCUUUCGAGCCAAGCUAGAAGUUGACGCAAUGCCUGAUACACGUCGGUCUCCCACUUCCCUUUCAGAUGUCACGAAAUUUGGAAUGGCUUCUGCAUAUUGCUAGGGACAUUCAUAACAAGUGUUAUAUUCUGACACCCCUCGUUCCGCAUUUGAAGUGCAUACAUACAUAACAUGAUUACCUCAGAUCGAUUGUUGUAAGUUGUGUAGUAAUGCGUCAGUUUUCCUGUCGAUGAUUCUGUUAAGCGUAGUUCUUCUGCAGAGAGUUGUUGCAUUGUGUUGUAAAUUUGUAAUACAUGAUUGCCUUCCUCAUAUUUUGAGAAUGGUUGGCUUAUCGUUAGCUCUAUUGUAAUUCAAAAAACAAAAAUCUAGUUUCUAUUUAAUGCUCAUAUUCAGGGAUAUAUUUGUUAUUUUUUUAA